AUGCAUCUCCCCACGACCCUCCUCUCGGUCCUCGCGGCCUUGUCCCUCCCACCACCCAUCCACAGCAUCCCAGCACCACACCAGAACCCCCUCGCCGCCCACCCCAACGACCACAUUUUCCCCCUUUCCUCCUCCAGCGGCGGCACCCACAAAAUCCCGUCCCGCCACACCUCCACCCUCCUCGCGCGCCGCCUCCUCGCCCUCUCCCCCUCCGGCUCCCUCUCCACCAUUUUUCCCCCUUCCCACAACCUCAGCACGGACCCAGCCUACCGCUUCACGCCGGACUCUGUCGGCGGCGCCCCCAUCGCCCUCCCCGAAUACAUCGCCGACUGCGAGGGCAACGGGGACCCCACGCUCAUCAUGCUGGACAUCAGCACGGCGGCCAAGAACGCGCGGGAGGGGCGGAAUGUGAGCUUGGCGGUGGAUUGGUGGGCCGGGUAUGAGAGGGUGACGGGCGAGAGGCCGGGGAGUGCGGCGGCGUUGCCUAGAGUGGCGCUGUUGGGGUGGUUGCAGGAGAUGGGGGAGGGGGAGGUGGAGAAAUACGGAGUCAAGGAGUGCUUUUUUGACGGGCAUAGGGAUGCGAGGGGGUGGGAGCCGGGGGCGAGGCGGGGGGCGCACAGUGGGAGGUGGGUGAGGCUGAGGGUCGAGGGCGUUUAUUGGGUGGGCGGGUUUGGGGAUCGGGCGUGGAUCGGCUGGUUGGAUUUGGCGGAGUGGAAGGGGGUGAGCGAGGGGGAGUGGAGGGGCGUGAGGCUGCCGGGAGAGGGGGAGAAGGAGAAGGAAGAGGAGCUGGAUGAGCUGUGA